AUGAGUGGCGCGCGAUUGUGUUCGUUGUUGUUCGAAUUGGGUUACGAAGGAUACGAGUCACUUGAUCCGGACAGCUGCGAAUGGCCCUUCCAAUACGACGACGUUCGGCCCGUCCUCGACUGGCUCUGCUCUAGCCUCCGCCCCUCUAACGUUCUCUCUUCCUCCGAAGUCUCACUGUACAAGCAAUUUUUAGAGGAAGGGAAGCUUUUGGAGGGAGAAGAUUUGGACUUUGCUUAUGAUAGCAUUUCAACCUUUUCUGCAAGGAGAGACAACCAGGAGGCAGUUUUUGGAACUGAAGAAGGAUUGAAAGAAAUACGUGAUGCUACUUUAGCUGCAAAAGCAGAAGCUUUGGAGUUGCAGAAACAGCUCCGGUCUCUGCAGCAUCAAAAUGAUCUGCUCACUGGGCAGGCUUCAGCAUUGAUUCAAGGAAGAAGAGCACGAGUUGCAGCCACAUCUACUGUAAAUGGACAAUUAACUUCCGUAGAUGAUACCCUUUCGGCGAGGAAUUUGGAGAUGAAUGCAGUUCUCGGACGGAUGGCCUCUACUGCUCAAGAAUUGUCUCAUUAUCAUUCGGGCGAUGAGGAACCGAUCUAUUUAACUUAUUCAGACUUCCAUUCCUACUUGCUUGUGGAUGCGUCUUGCAUGAAGGAGCUAAAUCAGUGGUUUGUCAAGCAACUAGACACGGGUCCCUAUAGAUUAGUGGCUGAGGAGGGAAAAUCAAAAUGUUCAUGGGUGAGUCUCAAUGAGACCUCGAAUGUCUUGGUACGAGAUUCAGAGAACUCGCAUCAUCAGCGCCUUUCUGAAUUGCAGCGGCUUCGUUCCAUAUUUGGAACUAGUGAAAGGCAGUGGGUGGAAGCCCAAGUUGAGAAUGCUAAGCAGCAAGCUAUUCUCAUGACACUUAAAUCUCAAGUGACUUCAGAUGAAGCUCACAUUCAUCUCGAUCUUCAUUCUCUUCGGAGAAAACAUGCUGAACUGGCUGGAGAACUUUCUUCUUCAUAUCGCAAAGAAGAGAAGUUAUUAUCUGAGACCAUUCCUGAUCUCUGUUCGGAGCUGGCUCAGCUGCAAGACACGUACAUCUUGCAAGGGGAUUAUGAUCUGAAAGUUAUGCGGCAAGAACUCUAUAUUACUCGGCAAAAAGUGUUCAUAAAUCAUUUAAUCAAUCAGCUAUCACGGCAUCAAUUUUUGAAAUUAGCAUGUCAAUUGGAAAAGAAGACCAUGCUUGGAGCCUACUCCUUGCUAAAAGUUAUCGAGUUAGAGCUGCAAGGGUACCUGUCAGCAACCAAAAGUAGAGUGGGCCAUUGUAUUGCAUUGGUUCAAGCUGCAUCUGAUGUACCCGAACAAGGAGCGGUGGAUGAUCGAGACAUUUUUCUCCAUGGUGUUAGAGAUCUUUUGAGUAUCUACUCGAAUGCUCAAGUUGGUUUAUCAACGUAUGUGUCUGCACCGGGCAUUGUUCAGCAAUUAUCUAACCUCCAUUCAGACCUGAUGGCUCUGCAAUCUGACCUAGAACAUACCCUUCCAGGCGACAGAAAUAGAUGUCUUAAUGAACUGUGUAUCCUUGUUCAAAAUUUGCAGCAAUUGUUAUUUGCAUCAUCAACAACUGCGCAACCAAUACUGACACCAUGGACAUUGAUGAAGGAGCUGGAUGAAAUGGAAAAGGUCAAUGCAAAGCUCUCAACUGCAGUUGAGGACGUGACACUUGAGCAUUGCAAGAAGAAUGAGAUUGUAAAACAUCAUUCACAAGAGAUAACAUUCCAAAGGCGGGUCUUUGUUGAUUUUUUCUGCAAUCCAGAACGUUUGAGGAACCAAGUCAAGGAACUGACUGCAAGAGUCACAUCUUUGCAGACAUCAUAA